AUGGUGGCCAAAAGCAGUCAGUUAACAUGCUUAAGUGACCUUCGACGUCCAGAGUACACUGACAUCUCAGUUGAAUGUGGCACAUCCUCGAUCAGCCUGGCUAUCCUCAUCUGCCCUGUCAUCUACACCGGCUACAACGAGUCUCUGCUCAUAAUCAACCAAAUGUCUAACAAACCGGAGUGUAAAGGAACCUUGGACGAAUCUGUCACCCCACCAGUUGUCCGGUUCACUUUCCCCCUCAACAUGACCAAUGCUUGUGGCAGCACCUUCGUGACCACCAGUUCACCUGGCACAGGGAUCUUUGCUGACUUCUCCAACAUCCAGACGGUUAAUGUCAGUGGUGUGGUGCGCUCCAAUGAUCUGACCACGGGGGUAGUCACCUAUAAUGCUGAGCUGAGCUAUUAUUACUCCUGCGCUUACCCUCUGGAGUAUCUCAUCAACAACACCCGGGUGGAUGUGUCAGCAUCCUCCAUUGCAGUGGAGGACAAAAAUGGAAGCUUCGUCAGUACAUUGAGCAUGGAGCUCUUCAGUGAUGUCGAUUACACCAAGCCCCUGGUCAUGCCACAGCUGGGCUUAGAGCUGAGGACCAAGAUAUAUGUCCAGGUCCAAGCAGUCAACCUGACUGAUCAGUAUCAUGUCCUCUUGGACCGAUGUUAUGCUUCUAUAUCUCCUUAUCCCACCAGCUCCACUUUCUUCAACCUGUUUGUCUCCUGCUCUCGGGACCAGAUGACCACCAUGCAUGAGAACGGGGACAGUCACCAUGCCCGCUUCUCCUUCCCGGCCUUCAGAUUUGUUGAACAGCAGAACCAAACGUUGUCCACCUACUUCCUGCACUGCAUCACCAGACUCUGUGAAAUCAGCACCUGCAGUGAAUUUAAGCAAUGUAGCAGCAGGAGAAGAAGAGAUGUUGACUCCACAGGUGUUUCAGAGGCCACAACUCUAUCUUUAGCAGUUCCCAUUGUCACCAAGAAUAAAAACUCGGCUGUAUUAAGCAAUGGUGCGGACUCAGACUCUGGGAUGGGUUUUGGGAUAGCUGUGGUCAUCCUCACUCUGGCCACCAUUGUGUUCUAA